AUGAAACAAAGUGGGAUAGCUUUUGUUAUGAAUCUUUUACUUCUUCUGUUCGCAGCAUUCCUAAUUCGUUCUGAUCAAAGUAUGCUGCCUCUCAAAUCCUUCAAGCAGAUAAGAACCGUUCCUGUAUUGAAACAUACAAAAGAAUUAAUCACAAAUGCACAACUUUUCACUGAAAAACAUUUCAAUCUGCUAACAAUCGAUAGUCCUAGAACACAUGUAAGCAUUCAUCGCGAUUCUCCUAAUACAUUGGAUCUAAUAAUGUUUUGUAUAUUGUAUAAUUCAAGUAUUAAUAUUGCUGGACUAAGGUUAUCACGUGAGGGUCCAUUUCGUGGUAUAGAAUCUCGGUUUAAUGCAUAUAACCUAAACAUCGGAAAAGAUCAAUCCUCAUAUAGUCAAAUAUAUGUAGACAGUGGAUUGAAUAACCAGUAUUGCAAACCGUUUCAACAGAUAAAUCCAAGUAUUUUUGGUGACGGACAUGUUUGGUCAUAUGGAUUUUGGAAGGAUGUUAUAAUACAGCAUGUUUAUGAUUUGUUCAAAUAUCGCGUGAAGUUCCUAUCAUCGAACCUAGAGAUCUUAAACCAGGAGAACCUACGUGGUUAUAUGGCUCUAUCCAUCAGAUAUUUUCCUAAUUAA